AUGGCCGACGCCGCUGCCCAGUACAAGAAGGACAACGGCAGAGUCGCUGUGUCUGCGGAUGGCAAGACGGUGUCCUGGAAGUCGACCAGUGGCGCGGCCAAUGCGCCUGCUCCGUGGUCCAUAGCCAUAGCAGAUAUUGGCAACCUCCAGCAGACGCCCGCGACCGCUGCCAAGGCAUCCAUUAAAAUCGUCGUACCCGAGCCAGCGCCCCUAGCUGGCAACCACACCCUCACAUUCACCUCCGCUACCGCCCGCGACGAUCAGCAGAACAUAACUAGCCUAUUGCGCAAAUGGAUCGAGGCUUCCAAGCAGCAGAGCGCUCCGUCUCCGGCUCCUGCCGCUGGUGGCAAGGAUGGAGGGGACAGCAGCGCCUCAGCUGCCAUGGCUAUGGCGCAGACUGUGACUGCUGGCGGCAAAGACAACGAGGAAAACUACGACGACGCGAAGCUGCUUGCGGAUACAACGCUUCAGAUGUCGCUUCUCAAUUCGAAUCCAGCCCUUCGUCAACGCUUCGACCGAGCGCUUGCGGAGAAGCCCGAUUCCGUCGGUGUCUUGCAGUUCUCUAUGCAGUUUUGGUCUACACGCGUGCACAUGUUGAGAUCUCAUGCAACAGAAAAGUCGCAGGCUACAGGAACUUACAACGUGCUGUCCGUCAUCAAAUCAAAGUCUGUCAACGGUACCCUCAUGCUAAGCUUGACCAAAGAGCAGAUUGAGCUCUUGUUCAGGCAGCAUCCAAUCGUGCAAAAGGCUUACAAUGAGAACGUGCCCCAGUUGAGCGAGGGUGACUUCUGGGAGAGGUUUUUCCACAGUCGCUUGAUGAAGAAGCUCAAGGGUGAGCGCAUCCAAGAAAAGGACGUGCUUGAUCCUAAGCUCGACAAGUAUCUGUCUUACGAUGAGACAACAGACAACCAGGAUCUGCUUGCAGCUUCCAUCCCUAACUUCAUCAACAUCGAGGCAAAUGAACAGAACCAUAGCCAGAAACAAGGUAACCGGCCCGACUGGACCAUGAACCCGACCAAUUAUGAGAAGGCGCCCAUCCUCCGAGUUUUGAAUCGCAUGAGCGAGAAGAUGAUGAAAGAAGUGCCACCUUCAGACGGAGGUCGGCAUGGACCCGUUGGAGUCGAUGAAGAGACAUACAAAGAGCUGCAGUUGCGGGAUCUACAGCGUGCAGAUGACGACAACAGGGUCGUUCUCCGCGUACAGGAUCAAAGCCGGUUCUUCUCCGCUGGCCAGAGCGUGCACACCUCAACCAGUGCUGCGACCUACACCAAGCGUACUCCUGCACAGGCCCUCUCGACGUUACAGCAGGAUCUUCGCAAGUUCGGCGGCGACGGCCAGCUUUCGCGCGUUGAUCUCCAUUCUACGAUCGAUAUCGAUGAUGAGAGUAGUAGUGACGAGGAGGAGUCGGUCCCCAAGAAGACCAAAGUUGGCAGUAAAUCCUCGCGAAGUGCAGCAUCCUCGCAGAUCAUUGCGGCUGUGAGGAAACGCCAUCUACACAACGAUGACUACACGUCAUCCAAAGCCAUUCCCACCAGCGAGCGGGCAAAGGAGCUUCACGUAUCGGAAGGGGUUCUAGAGAAUCUCACCAUGACCCAUAACACGACGGUCGAGUUCUUGCACUACUUCUGGGCCGUGUUCUACUCAGGAGACCCCGACCGCGCGGGCGAGAUUGCGCGUCUCAUCGAGACGCUUGACAAAUCGCUCGACCGUAUCAAGGCGGUAGCCGAUAUGGCAGAAGCAGAGCGCGAAGCAAGAAUCGAGCAUGCACGGAAAGAGAAUGAGUUCGCCAACCAGCGAGAGAGGAAGAAGAGGAAGUUCGACCCCGGAGCUAUCAGAGGAGGCGCGAAGGCCGUCAACCAAGUUGUGGACCCUUUGAUUCGAGCAAUCGACGCUGCGCGGAGUCAAUACAAAAAAGCUCUCCAGGAACAAGUUGCACGCAGCACAGCGGCCGCGACUGCUUGA